AUGGCAAAAAAAAUUUCAUCCAUCCAGAGAGUGAGUUCUGAUCCAGAAGUCUUGAAAAUACUGAGAGAACACGAAGAACUUAAGUCAACUCUGAAAAAAUAUGAGCGUCUGGUUGCAGAAAUUCAGGGUAACUCCAAAGUUCUGACUGCUGAGAGAGACAAAAUUUUCAGUCUUUAUGAACAGGCACAGGAGGAGAUUUCCCAGCUUCGUCAGGAAGUUAUAAAAUGCCCCAGGAACCCUAAAAGCACUGCAGCAGCUCAGGCUGUCUUAAGGCGUGUGGAGAUAGAAAGGGAUAGAGCUCUGUCAGAGCUGCUAAGGAUGACUACGGAACGCGAUAGCCUCAGGGAGCAGCUACAGAUUUCCCAAGCAACUGCGUUUAAUGAGAAGGCUCAUUUGGAACAGAGAAUUGAAGAGCUUGAAACUGCUAUUCAUAAUUUAGACAGUGAACGGUUAGAACAGAUGUCCAAAGUGGCACUGAUGGAGGACAACAUUGAUUCUCUGGAAACUGAGAUGAAAAGAUUGGCCAGAAAAGUACUGGACUCUGAAACUGAGCUGAGUCAACAGAAAGCUGAAUAUGUUUCUCUCAGUUUAUUGCAUGAGAAGACAGAACAGAGUCUUUCAGAAACUCAGCAAAGCCUUGUUAGGAAAAAACAUGAAGUGCAACUUAGCCAAGAGAAAAUUAUGCUUUUGGAUGAAAAAAUUGGUAACUUUUCAAGACAAAGCCUUGUACAACAAGAGGAGAUCUGUGCUUUGAAAAAAACAGUUGCACAGCUUGGUAAGGAGAAGGCAUCUCUGCAAGACUGUGUGGAAGAAGGACAAGACAAGAUUGCUGCUUUUGAGGAAAGCCUGGCAAUUAAAGAGAAAAUAAUUUCAGAUUUCAAGAUUCUGAUUUCUGAGUUGGAGCAUUCCACAAAAAAAUCUGCUGAAACACUCUCCGUCUGUGAGAAAGAAAUCACCAGUUUGCAUCAACAGCUAGAAGAAACCAACAAAGAGCUCACACAGACUAACAGGGACAGAGAAUCACUAGCUCAGGAGAAUGACAGGUUACAAGAGCAUCUUUCUAAUGUUAAACAAGACAUUCAGGUGCUACAUAAAAAACUAGCAAAGUACCAGAAUGAGGCUGAUGUUCUGAAGCUGAAAGCACAGGAUUCAAACACACAUAUUGUCAGGCUGAAGGAUGUUCUGAAGUCUCAAGAGAGAGAGAACCGUGAACUUUUGGAGAAGUACCACAGAGCCCGUGAACAAGGAGAAAUUUGGGAAGCAAAAUGCCAUCAAGCAGAUGCAGAAUUUUCCUCUGCUAGACUGGCACUGGCCAGGGCAGAGUCUGAGAACCACAGGCUGAAGGAGAAAAUAGAGUCCCUUGGAACACAGAUGGAGCAAGUGAGUUGA